UUAUUCUUAUAACCAUCGUCACUGCCCCUCCUCUUCUCCAUCUCCCUCUCUCUCCACGUUGACCUCGAUUCAUUCUCCAUUCUGUUUCUGUGCUUUUCCUCCUCCUCCUUCUUGUUCCUCAGUGCUUUUGCUUUUUCUCUGAUCGUAAAUCAUACAUUCAUAAUCGCCACACCUAUCUUCCUCCAUCUUCACAAGUUUCUUCUUAUUCCUUUCCCAAUCUCCACAUCACUCUCUCCUAUAUAUUUCAUGUUUUGCUCAUCGCCACUUUCAUCCUAAGCUCAUCAAACCUGGCUCCUAAUUUCUCCUCUUCUAUUCCUUAGACACACAUCUACAAAAGCUCCCAAUUAUGUAACUUCACUCUUCUUCUCUUUCAAUUUCCCAAAACAAAAAACCAAAAAAAAAAUUCCCUUUUUAUAUAUGCUUGUCAUGAAUAUCCUGCAAUUCCAAAGCUGAGUUUCUUAUAUUACGUUCAUAAGUCUGGAUCCUCUCUCUCCCACUCUUCCUUAGAAGCCCAUUUAUAAAAACCUUCCAAUUAUGUAACUUUGGCCCUUCUUUUCCUCCACAAUUCCAGAAAAAAAAAAAAGAAAAAAAUUUACUUUUAAUCCUCAAAUUUGAAAAAUGAAGUAGUAUCAGCUUCGGCGUAUAUAUCCUUUUUUUUUUUGGUUAUCUAUAUCAUUUUGUUCAAGUUUCCUUGCUUGCAUAGAAAAAACAGAAAAGGAUGGCGGAUACGGAGAUGGGGACGCCGACGGCAGCGUCGGCACCGGCUACGCUGGGGACUCCGGCGCCGCUGUUCUCGUCGCUGCACGUGGACUCUCUGACAUACGAGCGGAACGCAAUGCCGAUGUGCCAUUGUUUGCCAACGAAGGCCCACACAUGCUUCGCUGAUUUCUCUGUCCCCAACGUGUCUCUCACGCGCAAGAUCGGAGCAGAGUUCGUGGGCACCUUCCUACUGAUGUUCGCCGCCUCGGCAGGACCCAUCCUGAACGAGAAGUACAACGGAGCAGAGAGCCUCACCGGCAACGCAGCUUGUGCCGGCUUAGGCGUCAUGAUCGUAAUCUUGUCCACCGGUCACAUCUCCGGCGCUCACCUCAACCCUUCCCUGACCAUCGCCUUCGCCGCCUUCCGCCACUUCCCGUGGGUCCACGUCCCCGCCUACAUCGCCGCCCAGGUUUCGGCCUCCAUCUGCGCCUCCUUUGCUCUCAAGGGCAUCUUCAAUCCUUACGAGUCCGGAGGCGUUACCAUUCCUUCUGUGAGCACCACCGUUGGCCAGGCUUUUGCGCUCGAGUUCAUCAUCACUUUUAAUCUUCUCUUCGUCGUCACUGCUGUUGCCACCGAUACUCGUGCAGUUGGGGAAUUGGCCGGAAUUGCUGUUGGAGCCACAGUUUUGCUCAACAUUCUGAUAUCUGGGCCGGCAAGUGGCGGUUCAAUGAACCCGGUUCGCACCUUGGGUCCCGCCGUGGCUGCAGGAAAUUUCAAGCACCUAUGGAUAUAUAUGAUCGCUCCCACCCUCGGAGCUCUGGCCGGUGCUGGUGUUUAUACUAUCGUCAAGCUCCGCAGCGACGAGGCUGAGCAGCCACGCCAGGUUCGGAGCUUCCGUCGCUAGCCACGCUGCUUCAUCACUGUGCAGUGGUUACCAUAAUAACUAAAUAAAUAAGCCUGCGGGGAAUCCAUUCUCAUAAGCAGACAUUGUUGAAAAUACUCUUUUGUACGGUGUGUUUCUCUGAUGGCAGCAACGGAAAGCUUUUUCGUUGCUGUCGCUCUUUGCGAUUUGGGCUUGUUUGUUUGAUUAUCUGUAUCUGGGAAUGUUGUGUGUGUGCUACAAGUUAUGACGACGGUGUCCAGAACUAAAGUAUGAGUUUAAAAUCAAUGAUAAUAAAUGAGUGAAAAUUAUUAUGUAA